GCAGUAGUAUUAUCUUUUUAAUUUUUUUUAAAAGAUAAUUUUUUUUUCAUUUCAAUGAAAAUAGAAUACAGGCGUUCAUAUCAGGACAAUAAAGAGAAAGGUGGGGAACUCCCAACACUCAUAACUGAGCUAAAAAGAAGAAACGGUUAAAGAAGAAAGGGAAAUAACAAUCCUUAUAUCUGAUUCAAAGAAGUAACGAGAGUAGCAGGCGUAUUAUCAAUGUCUAAGCAAAGAGUAUUGAUGAAAUAACUAGCAUGACGCCUUCAGCUUUUGCCUCUGUCAACAAAAGUUUCUCAAUUGUAAGCCAGGUUUCCACAUCAAAGCAGCGAAGCCAUAUUAAUAUCAAUGUCGUCUAAGCAAAGGUUGGAAGGCAAGGUUGCAAUUGUGACCGGGGGAGCAAGUGGAAUAGGAGCAGAAGCAGCGAGGUUAUUUGUGGAAAACGGUGCACUUGUUGUUAUAGCAGAUGUUAACGAUGAAUUGGGGCUUCAAGUUGCAAGUUCCAUUGGCGUAGACAAGGUGAGUUACCAUCACUGCGAUGUUAGAGACGAAAAACAAGUUGAAGAAACCGUUGCUUUUGCUAUCAAGAAAUAUGGAAGCCUAGAUAUCAUGUUCAGUAACGCUGGAAUUGCAGGCUCUCUCUGUAACAUACUUGAUUAUGAUUUGAAUAACUUUGAUAACACAAUAGCUGUGAAUGUUCGUGGAGCAGCGGCGUGUAUUAAGCACGCGGCACGUGUCAUGGUGGAAAGAAAGACACGUGGCUCCAUAAUUUGCACUGCUAGUAUAGCUUCUUUGGUUGGUGGCGGUGGAGCUGGUCAUGGUUAUACCGCAUCCAAACAUGGCCUUGUGGGUCUUGUGCGUUCGGCGUGUGGUGAGCUUGGAGCUUAUGGAAUUAGGGUCAAUUCGAUUUCACCUUAUGUUAUGGCCACACCUUUGGCAUGUGAAGCUCUUGGUAUGGAAGCAAGCGAAGUUGAAAGUGCUGGUGUUGCCGGUGCUAAUUUGCAGGGGAUUGUGUUGAAGCCAAUUCAUGUUGCACAAACUGCUUUGUUUCUUGCUUCUGAUGAAUCGGCUUAUAUUAGUGGACACAAUUUGGUCGUUGACGGAGGCUUGUUAGCCGUUAAUAGCCCUGUUUCAAAAAAAUAAAUGAAGUUCUCGUUGAUAUUACAGAGUAAUAAGUUGGAUGUGGUUUAUAUGCUUAUUAUUUAAAAUUUGAUGUAUGCUUGUUUUUGCUUCUUUACCUCCCAGCAAUUUAUGAUGUGUGUACUGUGGUUUAAUUUUGAUUUUUUUACUAUUUAAACCUAAUUUAUUACUUA